AUGUUCUCUCGUUUGGUAGCUCUUUGCGCUGUCGUGGCGGUGUCGUCAGCUGGUCUCCUGCCAGCAGCCGUACACUACUCCCCAGCCUCCGCCGUCUCCUCUCAGAGCAUCGUACGUCAUGACCAGUCUCAAGCACAUGUCGCCAAAUUAGCCGUUGCUGCUCCAGUCGCAUACCACGCUGCUCCCGUUGCCUACCACGCUGCCCCUGCCCCAGUUGUCUACCAGUCUGCCCCAGCCCCGGUUGCCUACCACGCUGCUCCAGUCGCCUACCACGCUGCCCCCAUCGCUAAACUUCUAGCUCAACCCGAAGAAGUUGCCUACCCCAAAUACGAGUACUCUUACUCCGUUGCUGACGGACACAGUGGAGACAACAAACAACAGCAGGAGUCCCGCGACGGUGAUGUUGUGAAGGGAUCCUACUCAUUCCAUGAAGCUGACGGCUCCAUCAGGUCUGUUGAAUACAGCGCUGACGACAAGAACGGUUUCAACGCAGUAGUACACAACUCCGCUCCCACCGCCGCGCCCGCACUCAUCAAGGCUGCCCCACUUGUACUCAAGGCUCCCGUCUACGCUGCCCCUGUACACCAAUACUACCAUCACUAA